AUGGUCUUUGGGCUGGAAAUGAAGGACGUAGAUCCUGUCAAUCACUGCUAUGCUCUCUUUAUCAAAUUAGGUCUCACCUAUGAUGGGAUGCGCAGUGAUCAGUAUAGCUUUCCUAAGAGUGGUCUUCUGAUAGUCAUCCUGGGUGUAGUCUUCAUGAAGGGCAACCGUGCCACUGAUGAGGAGAUUUGGGAAGCAUUGAAUCCAGUGGGUAUCUGUGCUGGGAUAAAUCAUUUCAUCUUUGUUGACCCUAGAGAGCUGAUAACUGGUGAGUUUGUGAGGGAGAAAUACCUGGAAUACCAGCCAGUAGCCAAUAGUGAUUUUGUGCAGUAUGAAUAUGUGUGGGGAAUAAGAGCUAAAGCUGAAACUAGCAAGAUGAAAGUGUUUGAGUUUGUGGCCAAGGUUCGUGAGUCACACCCUACUGCAUUCCUGUCUCAGUAUGAAGAGGCUCUGAUAGAAGAAGAAGAGAGAACCCUUACCAUGAUAUUACAGCAAGCUGGCCCAAGUUCUACUCCUGGUGAAAGUUCUAGUGAUACGAGCAGCGACUUCCCUAACAUCUAG